GGCUUAUAGCAAAGGAGAUGGAGGCGAUCAAGGCGCAAGUCACGUCCGUGAACAACCUUCUCCGGGACAUCAGACGGCGGACGCGUGACUCUGCUGACGGACUCCAAACGGCUUGCCCGAUUCCAAUGUGCCCUGUUGUUGUCCCAGUUGUCGCAGGACUGCGUGUUGCGACCGAACAAGAGGUUGACACCGCAGACUUUGACAGCGCCAAGAGUCCCAUUGAGAACGUUUCUACUGCCGUCAACUUGCGGGACACGGUUCAAACCGCCCUCACACAAAUUCUUGAUCCAGUUGUCGAAGACGCUAAAAACAUCAUCCAGACUGUGGGCGAAGGCCUGUCGACCAUCAACGACGUCUUCGUCUUUGAACCUUUUGCCAGCCAGGACAGGGCAGACGCCUUUUUCGAACCGGCACGCAAGGCACUCGACAUAUCAGCCCAUUACGGUGACUUAUACAUUGCGCUGUCGGUCUUCGUUCUGCUCGUACUGAGCGCAGGUCUCGUCUGCUACCUUACGGGGCUAUGGUGCAUCGUCAUCGCGAACAACGCCAACUGCUCUUACCUCAUUACUGUCGGUCUCUUUCUGUUCUCGAUUACCUUCCUGCUGUCCAUGAUCACAUCGACACUCGCGCUGUGCCUCGGCUUCGUGGGACAGCGAACCAUCUGCGACGUCGUCAGCGACUUGAGACAACCUGAGGUCCAGGCACUCGUGCGAGGCGUCAUGAUUCUGGUGAGAAAAACAGAAGCAUUCCGAUCACGUGGUCUUCUUGGCCAGCCCUGGCCGCCAACGGGGCCUGAUAGUUCAGAGGGUCGAAGGUCCGGCACCAUUUCUUCUGGACUGCUCGGGUCCUACAAGGAGGCAUCGAAGACGUGGAUGAGGAAGCUGAAGUCUUGGUUAGUCUGGCUGGUGGGACAGCGAGUCUUGAGCGAUGUCUGGUUGCUGAGGACGGGAAUGUCUGUGUCAGCAGAGGUCAGGUCAGAUAGGGCACCGAAAGCUGAACCCCAACUGCUGCAACAAGCCGCAAGUUCAAACGUUACGGUUUCCAAUGCGCUCGCUAAAGUGAUGACGCCCGCCAAGGUCACCGAGAUCCUACGCCGGUUCAGCGAAUGCGGUGACAAGGACCUCAGUGCCUUCAAUUUGAUCGGUAACGACACCGUCGUCGAGCUGUUCAAUUUAGUCGUCGCGAGCGCCCAGAACUUCUCGUGGCUCUUUGACGACACCAAGAGUCUUCCGAUAAAGGUGACCAAAGAACUGGAUCGAGCACUGCUGGAUCUGGCGAACGGCUCGCUCGACAAGUUUGUGCCUGACUUGCCCACUCUUGAACAAAAAGUGCUAGCGGUCAAUAUGACCAAGCUCAACAUAUCUGACGUAAAGGGGAAGUUGGUAGCUGCGAAUCCGGAUGGCAGUAUACAAAUCGUCAAAAUCUUGAUCGGAACCGCCAUUGCUGCGGGAUAUCCCGAAAAGGUACGUCAUUGA